AUUGCAGGGCAUCGGUUAUUAGAAUAUUACGGCAUGACUGAGUUUGUGAUGGCAAUAUCUAAUCCCAUUAGAGGCAAAUGCAAAGGAGGUACCGUUGGCAAGCCCUUUUCAGCUGUACUGGUUAAAUUAGGGGAGCUUUGUAUUAAGAGCCCUUCGUUGUUCAAAGAAUAUUGGAAGCUACCUGAGGUAACCAAUCAGUCAUUUACUGAUGAUGGGUUCUUUAGGACUGGAGAUGAUGCUACAGUUGAUGAAGAUGGAUGUUACAUCAUUUUGGGACGAGCCAAUUCUGAUAUUAUGAAGGUCGGUGGAUACAAAUUUUCGGCAUUGGAAAUUGUGGAGAUUGAGAUUGGCAUUCCUUCUGAGCCAAGCUCAUCAACUUUGGAGCAAAAUACAGUUGAAACUCCUAAAGUUGAGACAAAAGCUGAAAUUCCUAAAGUUGAACCUCCUGAAAUACUUGCGAGAUUUUUUCCUUGGAAACAUGUAUCCGAAAAAAAAAAGAUUUUGACUGCCAACAUACUGAUUCUGAGUAUAUACAUUUCCUUUUCACAUCAUCCAGCUAUAUCAGAAUGUUGCGCGGUGUGUGAAAUUGUUGUUCCUUACUCUGAGCUCAAAGGAAGUAGAGAUGAGGAAUUAAAACUUGCACUAAGAUUCCAAGAACUUUCAGAUUGGGCAAAAGAGAGACUUGCCCCUUAUAAGAUACCUAGACUUCUGUUGGUGUGGUACUUGCUGCCUCGCAAUGCUACGGGGAAGGUAAAUAAAAAGGAGCUGAAGGAAGGGUUGGCUUAUGACUUAUGA